AUGUUCAAGCUCGCCCGCAGCAGGCCAAUCGCGGCAGCUUUUAGAGCUGCGACGGAGUCUUCCGUUCAAUCUCGCAUUUGCCAGCAACAGAGAAACCUGUCGAUCCAUGAACAUUUGUCCGCGAAGCUCCUCAAGUCGUAUGGUGUAGGAAUGCCCAAGGGCGAGGUCGCUUACUCUGCGGAGGAAGCCGAAGCUGUUGCCAAGUCCCUUGGCAAUGAUGACAUGGUCAUCAAGGCUCAAGUUCUUGCUGGUGGUCGCGGUAAGGGUAGUUUUGAUAAUGGUCUCAAGGGCGGUGUACGCGUUAUCUACUCACCUACCGAAGCCAAGAUGUUCGCUGGCCAAAUGAUCGGACACAAACUCAUUACGAAGCAGACCGGUGCUGCCGGCCGUCUUUGUAAUGCUGUGUAUAUCUGCGAGCGCAAGUUCGCUCGCCGUGAGUUCUACCUAGCCGUUCUCAUGGAUCGCCAGUCACAGAGCCCCGUCAUUGUCGCCUCCUCACAAGGCGGUAUGGACAUUGAGGCCGUUGCCAAGGAAACCCCCGAAGCUAUCAUCACCACUCCCAUCGACAUUAAGGUCGGUGUUACUGAUGAGAUUGCUGGCAAGAUUGCUACUGAGCUCGGUUUCUCCGAGCAGUGCAUCACGGAGGCUAAGGACACUAUUCAAAAGCUUUACAAGGUCUUCAUGGAGAAGGAUGCUACUCAGAUCGAGAUCAACCCUCUGUCAGAGACCUCCGACCACCAGGUUAUGGCCAUGGAUGCCAAGUUGGGCUUUGAUGACAACGCAGACUUCAGACAAAAGGAAGUGUUCUCGUGGAGAGACACCACCCAAGAAGACGCUGAUGAGGUCAAGGCUGCUGAGCACGGAUUGAACUUCAUCAAACUCGAUGGUGAUAUCGGCUGCUUGGGUAAGAACGGCAAUGGGUUGCUCGUCUCUUCUAUGCUAAUUACAGAUCUAGUUAACGGUGCUGGUCUCGCCAUGGCUACUAUGGAUAUCAUCAAGCUUAACGGUGGUAACCCCGCCAACUUCCUCGAUGUUGGUGGUGGUGCCACCCCUGCUGCCAUCAAGUCUGCUUUCGAGCUUAUUACCAGCGAUCCCAAGGUGUCGGCCAUCUUUGUCAACAUCUUUGGCGGUAUUGUUCGCUGUGACGCCAUCGCUCAGGGCUUGAUCAAUGUUGUGAACGAGAUGGGACUGCGCACUCCUAUUGUUGCGCGUUUGCAGGGUACCAACAUGGAGCAGGCUCAUAAACUGCUGAACGAGUCUGGUCUGAAGAUCUUUUCCAUUGAGGACCUUCAGAAUGCCGCUGAGAAAUCUGUUCAAUUCUCGAAAGUUGUAAAGAUGGCCCGUGAAAUCGACGUGGGUGUUGAGUUUACUCUUGGUAUCUAA